AUGGUUUUUAUAACCUCAAGUAUUACUGCCAUUUAUAAGCACGUCUGCCUCCAAGUGAAGUAUACGGCACCUUGGAGACAAGAAGGAGAUGUGUCCGCUGCCAGCAGGAGUGAUGCAUCGGAACAGGUCAGAAGCCUAGCUUGGUCAAGCUUCGCUUGCUUGGUUUUACAUGCGAAGCUUUACAUUGCUCAAGAAACCACGAUCUCCACUUCUCAGCUCGACGCCAGCCGGCAGGAACCACAGUCUCCGGAUACUGCAAAUGCAGAGACCAGGUCUGCGUCCGAUGGCAGCCGGCUACUGCGACUGCAGAUCGUUGACGGCACAGGCCAAGAGAGACGGCUUGACAUCCACGUCGAUCCCACGACCACUGUGGCUCAGCUCAAGGAUGGGAACUAUCUGGGAGUUGACUUUGCAGUCGGCUGGCGAUUACGCUGUGUUUUCCGUGGCCGCCUGCUGAGUGAGACCGAGCCGCUGGGAAGAUUGCCAAGCGGCGCCUUCCUACAAUGCUAUUUGCAAAGGCCUUCAACGGUCGAGAGCGCAGAUGGCAUCGACAUCGAUCCGCUCCUCGUUGCUUGGGCCAGGUUGGCUGGUGUUGGCCGGAACUCCUUCCCACCAGAGAAGUGGCAGGAUGUGGUGUUCCACUGCGCCUUCAUCAUUGGCCUGGCGGUGGCCUGGUCAGCAUACCUUGGCAGCCCGGAUGUCUUUGAUGCGUUCGGCCGGCUGGCGCUGCGCCUCAUCACCAUCUCCUGGGUCAGCUUCUCAGCGUUUCUCAGUUCUCAAGGUUUAGGGUUUAGGGUUUAG